AUGGAGUUGAAGUGGUUUCAUUUGAGCUUUGUUGCAGUUAUUUUUGCGGGGGUGGCCCUGGGAGUGGAAAUUGAUUGCAAGAAGCCACCGGAAGAUAUUGAUCCUGAUUUUUGCUGCAGUACCCCAAUUUUCUUUGAUGAUCAAUUGGUGGUGCAAUGCGAAAGAUCUCUCGGAUGGAAUGAUUCACUGCACUACAGUGAAUUUCCCGAUGAUCUCUGUAUCUCCGAGUGUUUGAUGAAUAAAACACAAAUUAUUGUGAAUGGUCACAUUGACAAGAAUAUCCUUCAUGAAAAAUUGCUUGAGAAAAUCAGAAAUGGUUGGUGGAGGAGUAUGCUCCCCGAAUUCAUUGAUACGUGCAUGCAGGCUGUUGGGAAGGAUGAAGAAAUGGCUGGUUACAAUCCAAAGAGUGCCUGCAAGGCUGAUGCACUCUUCAUGAUUGACUGUAUUUAUUUGAAAUUAUUCGGGAAUUGUCCUGAGGAAAUAUGGAAGGAUACUAAAAAGUGCCAGAAUCUGAGGGACUACAUCAUCAAGUGCACAAACCAAGAUUAAAGUGUCUGUGAAAUGAAAUGUAAUUAUUUUUGCUGAAAAUCUUCUUGUGGACGACUUUGGACCAUUUUCUAAGUGCUUACAAACCCGAGACACAUUCAGCAAUGUAAUUGAAGAGAAUGAAAUAAAUUCGUUAAU